AUGGUGUCAAUUACAGGAUUCUUGAUCGUCUUGAGUCUCCCAUUGAGACUACUUUGGGUAGCCAUUAAAUACCCCCUUGACGGAGGUGCGAAAGGGGGAAAAUACCACAGCAGUCUUGUCAAAGCUUUAAAGUUGGAAGUUUGCAAAUUUGCUAUAUCUUUAUCAGUGCUGGAUAGUUCUUUUUUGGCCCUUGCGAGUACAAACUUUGUCAUCAACACAUUCAUCAAGACAUUACACUCUAGCUUGACCACGUUAAACAACUAUGGUAAAAGAUACGAUAAGCAAAGUUUUUGGAUUGUGGAAGCUGAGGAGAGGUCUAAUUCAGAUCCCAUUAUUAUUUUUUGUCAUGGCGGUGGUUACUUUCUUGAGACUCAACCUCAGCAAAUCGAAAGUUUAUUAAGUAUUUACUACUUACUUGAUGAGGAGAAGAGACGCAGGACGUCGAUCUUGGUGCUUGAAUAUGGCUUAGCAUGUCAUGGACAUCUUAUUGGCACGCAAGUAUAUGAGCUUGCAGCAACGUAUACUAAAUUGGCCUCAGAGGGGAAUGACAAUUUUGUAUUGAUGGGGGACUCUUGUGGUGGUAACUUGCUGAUUGUGUUUUUGCAAUACUUGAAACAGCAACAACAGCAAGCGCCAAAGUUACCGUGGCCAAGAUCUUUGGUGCUUAUUUCUCCCUGGAUAAAGCUUGUACCUGAUGAAUUUCAACUUACACCUGGACACUCGUAUCACGAUAAUGAGCAGUACGACAUGGUCCAAGCAAGCUUUAUGCUUGAUCGCAAGAGGCAAAGUGAUUUGUUUGGUAACACCAGUUAUGCAAAUCUAUUCAUUUCACCGGGGAAUGUUGAAUACAAAGUCAGCGAUUGGUGUGAUAUUCCAACUUUACAUGGUAAAGGAUAUUCUACAUUUGUAAUUGCUGGUGAGCACGAGAUUUUUCGUGAUGAUAUAUUGGAAUGGGCCAAGUACGCAUUGAACUCUUCUUUGCAGCCACCGAAGCAGGACUCGGGUGGUAGGUUCAACUCUAAAAUACACCAGUUUAAAAACGGUGAUGAUGAUAAUGAAGAUAAUGCGUAUGUAGAAUUGGUCAUUGAGCCUUGGGGUAUACACGAAUCGGCCAUUUUCUUUGAGGCCAAUGCCCUCGCUUUGAUAGAAAAGGGUGUACAGUUGAAAGACUUGGAUACCGUGGAAUAUUUUGGUACUGUCAAGAUAGCCCAAUUUAUGAACAAGACUUUGGUGGUGAAGCAAAAUGAUUAG